AUGGCCUCCUUCAGCAACAUUGUCGAGAUCGAGCGAGACGGCGAACUUCUCCUCCACGUGGGCGCCGAGACAAGCGAGACGGCCGUGACCUACCGCGUGUGCCCGCGCGCGCUGGCACGCGCGGCCAAGUUCUUCCAGACGCUCCUGUACGGGCCCUGGGCCGAGGGCAAGCGACCCGACGGCGACUGGGUCGUGGAACUGCCAGAGGACAAGCCGUCGGUCGUGGUGCAGAUCCUUCUGGUCGUGCACAGCCAGUUUGACAAAGCCUUCGCCGACGGGUCCGGUGUCAAGCAUGGGGGCUUGGCGGCGCUGUACGAUGUUGCCGUGCUCUCGGACAAAUACGACCUCGUCCACCUGCUGCGGCCGUGGCUCCCGCGCUUGAAGGGUGAGUCCAGGCCAAAUCCAGGACCAGAUAUCUAUUCAAUGGAAGGGAACGUGUUCAAACUUGAACGUAUGUAUAGAGUUUCUAUCGAAAAAGACCUAUUUGUGGCAUGGGAGAUCGGCGGCAGUGCUCGUGUUCGCCAGUGCAUCACAGACAUCGCAUUACGCAGCAGGUGGAUGAAGGGCAAACUUGUGCACGCAUCACGGUCCAGCUUAUGCGACCUUUUCCUGCAUGUCAUGGAACCGACUGGAGUUCGAGAUAUCAUCGCCAAGACACGACGCGCUAUCGUCUCGAGCAUCUUGAAGCAUCUUGAGAAGGCGAUCAGCAACCUCGCCGACUCCAACGGCAAGUUUGCCUCGGAUUCAUACCUGUGCUGCAAGCUAUAUAACAGCGCGAAUUCCGAUUGGCGCAAGUGCCACGCAACGGUACUGGGUAGUCUCAUCCAAGGACUGGCGAAGUUGUUGAUCAGGGAAUUGAAUGAAAUUAAGGUUUUGCGGCACACGAGCCAUACUCGUUGCAAACAAGAGGGAGUAUGGCUGGAUCCGCAACGGGAGCCGAAGCUCUUCGAUUUCGAACCCAAGGUAGAAUUCCACGACGCACAAACACAGCAUCUGAAGACGCAGGCAAGGAAAUCGGGGAUUAACGACCUCUAA